GGCGGCGGCGCAGGGCCGCGGGGUGUCGGCAGCAGCUGCAGCCGCCCGCGCCACCCCCUCGGCCUCGGCUCCGGGGCGAGGGUGAGCGGAGCACGGCGGGCAUCUGCCACCCGGCACCGAGUGGAGCAGCCGCGGCCCCGGAGGACUCAAAGUUGUCAGUCGAAGCGCAGACAUGCCGGGCAGCGACACGGCGCUCACGGUGGAUCGGACCUACUCGGAUCCCGGCCGGCACCAUCGCUGCAAGAGCCGGGUGGAACGCCAUGACAUGAAUACCCUCAGUCUACCCCUGAACAUUCGCCGAGGGGGGUCAGACACCAACCUCAACUUCGACGUCCCAGAUGGCAUCCUGGAUUUCCACAAGGUCAAACUCAACGCAGACAGCCUGAAACAAAAAAUCUUAAAGGUGACGGAGCAGAUAAAAAUCGAGCAGACGUCCCGAGACGGGAACGUUGCCGAGUAUCUGAAAUUGGUCAGCAGUGCGGACAAGCAGCAGGCUGGGCGCAUCAAGCAGGUCUUUGAGAAGAAGAACCAGAAGUCAGCCCACUCCAUCGCCCAGCUGCAGAAGAAGUUGGAGCAGUAUCACAGAAAGCUCAGGGAAAUUGAACAGAAUGGAGCCACCAGAAGCUCAAAGGACAUUUCUAAAGACAGCGUGAAGGAAAUACACCACUCUCUGAAGGACGCCCACGUGAAAGCUCGAACUGCUCCCCACUGCCUGGAGAGCAGUAAGUCGAGCAUGCCAGGGGUAUCCCUCACGCCCCCCGUGUUUGUCUUCAAUAAGUCCAGAGAGUUUGCCAACUUGAUCCGGAAUAAGUUUGGCAGUGCAGACAACAUCGCUCACUUGAAGAAUUCCCUAGAAGAGUUCAGGCCCGAAGCCAGCCCCAGGGCUUACGGUGGAAGCGCUACCAUCGUGAACAAGCCCAAGUACGGCAGCGAUGACGAAUGUUCUAGUGGUACAUCUGGCUCAGCUGACAGCAAUGGGAACCAGUCCUUUGGGACUGGUGGGGCCAGCACCAUGGACAGCCAGGGGAAGCUUGCCAUGAUCAUAGAGGAGCUGAGGGAGAUCAAGGUUACUCAAACCCAGCUGGCAGAGGACAUCGAGGCACUGAAGGUGCAGUUUAAGAGAGAAUAUGGCUUUAUCUCUCAGACUCUGCAAGAGGAGAGAUACAGGUAUGAGCGACUUGAAGACCAGCUCCAUGACCUGACAGAGCUGCAUCAGCAUGAGACAGCCAACCUGAAGCAGGAGCUAGCCAGUGCAGAGGAGAAGGUGGCCUACCAGGCCUAUGAGCGCUCAAGGGACAUCCAGGAAGCCUUGGAGUCUUGCCAGACACGCAUCUCUAAGCUGGAGCUCCAUCAGCAAGAACAGCAGACCCUGCAGACAGAUGCCGUGAACGCCAAGGUCCUGCUGGGGAAGUGCAUCAAUGUGGUUCUGGCCUUCAUGACUGUCAUCCUGGUGUGCGUGUCCACCCUGGCCAAGUUCGUCUCGCCCAUGAUGAAGAGUCGUUCCCACAUCCUUGGCACCUUCUUUGCUGUGACUCUUCUCGCAAUAUUCUGUAAAAACUGGGACCAUAUCUUGUGUGCCAUAGAAAGGAUAAUCAUCCCGAGAUGAGCCACCGGUUCCUGCCUUCACAUGCUCUCAAGUUCUUAUUUUGAAGAAAACUCUGUGCAUACACUACCAAAAUUUCUGAACGGACGGCUGUGCCAAAGACGGCGAGAAGGACCAGAGCUAUGUGGUGUAAAUAAAUAGAGUCUCUUAACCCAGUAGCAGUUGCCAACACUGUCCCUGUACGUGGUUAACGUGAAACUGUCCCAGAGUCCUCCUCACACGUCUCACUGCCUUAAUCAGAGCAGAUCUCCAGCCCACCUAUCGAGCUCGGUAUGGUAAAGUCCUGUUGACUGGGCACCAUGGUUGCUAACAGCUGUGUUCUGAGUUCCCCUGCCCAGCAUGAAUAUGGCAGGAUUCAGGGAAGUGAACAAACACAGGUACUGGCAGGGUUGAGCUCCUGGGGGCCUAUAGAAGCUCAGUGAGUCUCUCUGUGAUCAGUCCCACUUGUCCACAGGUAGCUCUGUGUCCUACUAUGUACCCAGUGUUCACAGUGGUCAAUAUCAUAUGUCCUCAUAACAUGGAAAUCUCGUCUACCUGCUUAUCCAGCGGAAGUGUGCCCGACCGGUAGCACUGCACUUUACAAGGUAGACAACUAGGGUUUACAGCCAGGCUUUCCUCUUCCUAUGCCCAGGGCACCACACAGCUGAUUUCAUCUUGAGUGGUUAGCAGUGCUCUGCCCUCGGAGCGUGCGGCUGGGCCAUUGUCAAACUGUAGCUUUGACAACUCAGGGUCCUGCAAGCCUCCCUGGGGAAGCCUGUGCUCUGGCAAUUGUUAACUGUGAUAAAUGCCCUUAGAGGACGGGGAUGCACUUUAUGUGACUCGCUUUACUCACAGGUCUGUGUGGAUCAGACUGCAAAGCUUGUUCAGGAAAUGAAAAUGAAUGACGCUCGUGUGGCCCCGGUUUUCUUCUUCUCAGAGACGGCAAACUCAAACUUUAUAAAGCUUCUGUGUGCCGAGGCAGGACACUGGAGGCCUAAGAGGGAUGUGAGCUUUUAGGUCUAAUCAAAUGGCGGCUAGAUGAGUGGGAACCCUUUACCCAGAUGAGACCAGGAGGGUCCACUUAGGGGACAUGAAAGGCACCAGGAAUAAAAUGAAGUCCCGUGCUGGAGCUGAGUUGCUGCUGCCUGCCUCUUGGGUACAUAGAUUAGCUCUGAGGUCACAAGAUAAACCCACUGACAGCAGAAAGCGUGCAAGAGCCGCUUGCUGUGUUUUGUUUGAUGGCUGCCAUUUACUGACAAACCUGGUUUUCUGUGUACACCACCAAGAGGAGAGAGAUUUUAUUGGAUGCUGUCAGCCAGCCAGUCAGGACUCUGGUCCUCCCACCCCAAGACCUGUUGAAGGUAUAAAGAUCCUCUUAAAGUCUUUCUUCCAGAAGAAUCUCUCAGAUUUACCUAUCCUCACUUGCCAAUGGAUGUCCUUAGGGACAUUCCCUGGGGGUUGGGGGUGGCAGCGCGUAGCAGUUUUGUACAAGUCCAGGUUAUAUGAGAGGGACCCAAACAGCUCCAACCUUUGCCCCUCCCCGACUCCCAACUUCGAAGUUAAUAACUCAUGAUUUUGGUAAAUUCACAAAGUAUUUAACCAUCACCCCUAACCAAUUUCCAGAGCCAUGCUUUUCAAAAAAUAGAAAAUAUAACUUUAUGAAAUAAAAAGGAUUUUGAAAUCAGGGGUAGGGGAGUUCCCAGCUCCCCUCCUAUCCAUGACUUUGUCCCCACACAGGAGACAGAAGUUUCUAGUCCAAGAAAGGGUGGAAGAGAGAACCAUGUUCUUUCUUUAUUUUUGUAUUUUAAUUGUCUGCUCCCUUACCUGUAGGCACCAGACUCCAUCUGCCUACAAGCUGGGCUCUGCUAGCCUCCCGUUCCGGUUUGUGACUAUUUCCAAGUGGCACCUAGAGUGUGCCAGGGCCUGGGAUGCCCAUGAAUGCUGCUACCAGGUUUCAGAAUGAGUUUGAACUCAGCCUUAGAGGCUUAGCUAGGGCUCUGGGAGAACCCAGGAAGAGGUUCUGUUCUCACGCCAGCACCUACCCCACUCCUGCACAGUCUAACAGGACCGCUCUUGAUUGACACUUGUCAGCCCUGCAAUCUGUGUUUCUUCUUCCUGGUGAGAAAGUCCAAAACAGCACACUCCACACCCUUCAGACUGAGCUUCGGACAGAAUCUGUUAGAAACCGGCACCAUUGUGAACUGAUGGGGAUUGGGGGGGGGGGGGGAGGCAACCAAAUCAUCAUGGAUUCCUUCCAAAGAACUUAGAUUCCCAUCCGAUUGCCAUUAAAUGUCAAAUCACCUUCUUUGCCUGGGUAUGUGCAGCUCAUUCGGUCUUACGGAAAGUUUGUGAAGCUUUUUAUUUUUAUUUUUAAAUAAGAUUGUAUCGUUCAAAGAGACUUUGAUUCCACAGUUCUUUAUUCUCUCAAGGGCUAUCACCCCUCUUUUGCUCUCUUGAACAUAUGACUUACACACUGAAGAAAUGAAUUGUAUAAAUAUACAAUUAGAGAGAGUGAUACAGCUGUGAAGUACCCUGGAAUUGGAAUCGGUCUGUAACUGAGUCCGCCCAUCUUGUUUUGCACUUGGGAGUAAACGUCUCGUGUAUUCCUCCCGUUGAGAACCAGUCGUAGACGAGUGAGCAUGCUCUCUGAUCGCCUUGGAACACUGGCGAAGGAUUCUAGAUGCUGGACUCUGCCCAUCUCUGGUGACAUCAUCAUGAUCAAUCAUCAGAAGAGGGAUUACGGAGGACAGAACUUUAAAAUACUAAGAAUAGUAAAUAUUUAAUAAUUUAAAAAAAAUAAUAAAAGUAAGCAGCCACUCAGAGUGAAGCAAGCGGUGACCUCAAGUGCUCUCUCGCUGAUUUUGGACUGUGAAGGCAGGAUUCCCCAUCUCAAGCUCCUGGCUUGUGGCUUAGUAGUUUUCAGGUGUUCUUGUGUUGUCCGUUGGCGUUCAUUCACGUUAAUACUUUGUUACUCUUGACUUUAUUUAAGCAUCGCCUUCAGUGAGUUCUGACUGACCGGCCACUUCUCUAACACAGGGUGGAGGCGAGGGGGAGGAAGCUCAUUUCUCCCCCUCCCCUCCCAACAACUAGUUACUUUGGUUCUUUUAAAUACCAAAUUACUUCUCUAUUGAAUGGCAAUGUAUUGUGGCGAUGUCGUUAUUGUUUUGUUCUGAUGUUGAAUCCAGACCUAAUUGUCUGGGUUUGGAAAAACACACAUACUCAUUGAUAAGAACAUGUGUGAUUAAACAACCUAUUUUGCAUGUUUUCUUACUUCUGACCGUGGGCUGGGGUAUGAAGAUGGGCUUAUUUGGAGAGGUGGUUCAAAGUUAGCAGGUAACUUUUAAGGGGGUCUAAAAAAGACAAAUCACAGAAAACAAUUAGAUUGGCCUGUUUGUAUCAAAAAUAAAGAGCUUUAAAAAUGUGUCAUUAAUGGGAGCUGGGUAACUUGUUAGAAAUAAAGCCAAAAUAUAAUUUUCUGCCAUGGAUACAAUUCUCUGCUUAAAGAGUCUGGAAGUGAUGUGUAAUACCUUGGGUGUCUGAGGGUGGUUUACAUGUUGCCAUUCUCGUAUAUUUAAAGCAUGUCUCCUGUGUUUGUCCUAAAAGAAACAUUUCAACUAAAUGUGCUAUAUGUUUCGGAUGUGCUGGGGCAAUAGCAGCAAUUCUGACUGUAAUGUCAGGAAUGCUGGUUGUAACUUCUGUUGCAGAAUUCCCAUCUCAUGGGAUGCUACAUAGUUUUGUAUCUGCCUAAAAUUGUAAUUUCUUUGUAGCUCUUCCCCCAUGGCAGUGUCAUCAAUGAAUUCAAAGCAGGUGCCAUUAUUUUUUAAACAAUUGAUGUUUGCUUUGGUGUUAAAUAAAAAAAACUAGAUUUCUUAAAUUUU